AUGAUAAAGAAAAAGCUGAGAUUAGUUGAAGAGAACAAAGGUGAGAUACCCGCUCUCCAUUUCGCGGCAAGGGUGUCCGAUGUUGAUGUUUGUCGGCGCCUCGUGGAUCAGGGCGCCGACGUCAACGAAAAAUUCAGCGAUUUUGGCGCUACACCCCUGCACUACGCCGCCAUGAACGCAGCCCACGGAGAAAGUAUAAUAGACUACCUCGUGGAAAAAGGGUUAGCCAUUGAUGAAGAAGAUGCUCAUCCGUGCCAGUUUGGAAAUCUGGAGAUGUGCAAGUGGUUGCUGGAAGAAGUCAAAAUCGACGUCAACCGCUUUGAAGAGACUGAUUGGAAAGAACAUAUUCUUAUUGACGCUGCCGUCAACCGUAAAAAUGAAGCGAAUGGCCACCUCAUAAAUGAGAUCUGUGAAGAUGGAGGGACCAUUCUCCACCUCGCAGCGCAGUUUGGAAGCGUCGAAAUGUGUUGGUGGCUGAUUAAUCAGGGUCAAGACAUCAACAUCUUAAGCAACAAAACUUUUGACAGCUUCCUCCAUUACGCUGCGCUAAACUUCAUCAAUGGAGAAGACAUCAUCAAGGAAUUCGGAAAGAACGUUCUAGGCGGAUACGUGAACCAAAUCAACACAAACUUCUUCACUCCCCUUCAUUUUGCCAUGUUCAACAGAAGACAACACGUUGAGGUUGCAGAGGCUUUGCUUGAACUCGGUGCCGAUUUGAACGUGAAAUGGAAAGGGAACAACCUUCUUCACUUCUGCAUCGUUGCUGGCAAGUUGGAAUGUGCCAAAUUCGUGGACGCGAAAGACAAAAAUCUGAUCAAGAAAAGGGGAGAGGGAGGAAAAACCACUCUGCACAUUGCUGUUGACUACUUUAACGAAGAAAUCUGCGAAUGGCUUGUGGUGAUAAAGGGGGCCAAUCCCAGAGAAUUGUCUGUUGGACAAAAAUCAGUGCUGGAAUUGACAUCCCGUGAGGAGGUCAAGAAGUGUCUUCAAUCGUUGAUUAACAGGCAGGGAAGUGAAAUUGUUUCAUGA